CACACGCACAUUCACGGAGCUGGCGCGCAGCGCAGUGGCGCCCAUCCUCUCUCUCAGUGCGACUCCUCCGAGGGAUCAGGAGUAGACUAAGUCAAACUUCCAGCAGCUUAAGAUUUGUGCGCAACCUUUGAAGGAUCGAAGUCGUCAAGACAAGGCGAUGAAAACAUGGGAUCUCAUCUCAGCAGAGUCGAGGGGAGUCUAACACACUAACAGAACAGGUGUCGUUGGCGAUGUUGCCAUGUGCCAGCUGCCAUCUUCUCCUAUGCUUCUUCACUCAGAACUGAUGUCCAGAUGGUGUGCCCCUCCAUGUGCGGUCCAGUUCAGCUCUCCCUGACCGUUUCAUGGGCCACCAACCGACCCAAGCACCCACGGCCGUUGCUUGACUCAGCCCUGCUGCGCUCUGUACACCUCGUUCUUAACCCCUCACCCCUAACCUCAACCCUCAGCCCCUCACUUCCCUCACUCUCUGUCAAGCCUGUCCUCACAUUUUGACAAUCCUCAGCCUUCCCUGAGCCCAACAUGGUGGCCCGCAUUCCCGCUUUAGCGUUGGUCAUGAUGUGUCAAGGCGUCUUGCUCUCAGACCCACCUCAGCCACGCCGAGAGAUACGCAUCGAGGGCGACCUGGUGCUCGGCGGCCUGUUCCCAGUGCACGAGAAAGGUGCUGGGAUGGAGGAGUGUGGCCGUGUGAAUGAGGACAGAGGGAUCCAGAGGCUGGAGGCCAUGCUGUUUGCCAUAGACAGAAUCAACAUGGACAACACUUUACUGCCAGGGGUCUCCCUUGGGGUCCACAUCCUUGACACCUGCUCCAGAGAUACGUACGCACUGGAGCAGGCUCUGGAGUUUGUAAGAGCCUCCCUCACCAAGGUGGACGACACAGAGUUUAUCUGUCCAGAUGGAUCUUACGCUCUGCAGGAUGACAGCCCGCUUGCAAUCGCAGGAGUCAUUGGAGGAUCCUUCAGCAGCGUCUCUAUACAGGUUGCCAAUCUUCUCAGGCUCUUUCAGAUCCCUCAGAUAAGCUAUGCUUCAACGAGUGCCAAGCUAAGCGAUAAGACACGCUACGAUUACUUCGCUCGCACCGUGCCCCCCGACUUUUACCAGGCCAAAGCUAUGGCAGAGAUUCUGCGUUCCUUCAACUGGACAUAUGUGUCCACCGUGGCAUCGGAGGGGGAUUACGGUGAAACUGGUAUAGAGGCCUUUGAACAAGAGGCCCGCAUGAGGAACAUCUGUAUUGCCACUUCAGAGAAGGUGGGGCGUUCUAACGCGAAGAAGUCCUAUGAAGCUGUGAUCCGCCAGCUUCUCCAGAAACCAAAUGCCCGUGUUGCCGUCCUGUUCCUUCGUAGUGACGAUGCCAGAGAGCUGCUGGCAGCUGCUGCUCGGCUAAACACCUCCUUCAUCUGGGUGGCCAGCGACGGCUGGGGUGCACAGGAAAGCAUUGUCAAGGGAAAUGAGGUCACUGCUGAAGGAGCCAUCACACUCGAGCUGGCAGCCAAUCCCAUUUCAGAAUUCAACCGCUACUUUCUCAGUCUGAACCCUGUCAAAAACCAUCGUAAUCCCUGGUACAAGGAAUUCUGGGAGCAGCGGUUCCAGUGCUCCUUGGGGUCAGUAAAUGUGGGACUGGGAGAGACACCUCCCCCACCAUGUGACAAGGAUUUGUCAAUGGACAAGAGUUCCUUUGAACCAGAGUCCAAGAUCAUGUUUGUGGUGAACGCGGUGUAUGCCAUGGCUCAUGCCCUUCAUAAUAUGCAACGGAGCCUCUGCUUCAACACCACCAAGCUGUGUGACAGCAUGAAGGCUUUGGACGGGCGCAGACUCUACAGGGAUUACAUCCUUAAUGUCAGUUUCACAGCGCCUUUCUCUCCUCCUGGCAGCGAGACAGUAGUGAAGUUUGAUUCCCAGGGGGACGGCAUGGGCCGAUACAACAUCUUCAGCUACCAGCGCUCUGGUGAUCGUUAUGUUUACGUGCCAGUGGGCGAAUGGGCAGAGAGCCUGAGUCUGAGCAGCGAUCUGAUUCGUUGGCCCAGAGAAGUGGUGCCCACCUCACAGUGCAGCGACCCCUGUGAACGCAACGAGAUGAAGAAAAUGCAGGCAGGUGAGUACUGCUGCUGGAUCUGCACAGCCUGUGAGCCUCAUGAAUACCUGGCUGAUGAGUUCACCUGCUCGCCCUGCGCUCCUGGCCAGUGGCCCACUGAUGACCUGACCUCCUGCUAUGACCUUCCUGAGGACUAUAUUAUGUGGGAAGAUGCCUGGGCCAUUGGUCCAAUUACCAUUGCCUGUGUAGGGUUCAUGUGCACCGGCCUGGUGUUUUGGGUGUUUAUCAGACACAACAACACACCGCUGGUGAAAGCAUCAGGCAGAGAGCUGUGUUACAUCCUCCUCUCGGGAGUCUUCAUGUCCUACGCCAUGACUUUCCUCUUUUUGGCCAAACCCUCUCCUGCCAUCUGUGCCCUGCGGCGCCUCGGCCUGGGCACAUCAUUUGCUGUCUGCUACUCCGCCCUCCUCACCAAAACCAACAGAAUCGCCAGGAUUUUCAAUGGCGUGAAAGACGGAGCGGGUGCAGUAAGGCCACGCUUCAUUAGUCCAUCCUCUCAGGUUUUCAUCUGUCUGAGCCUGAUCUCCGUCCAGUUAGUGAUGGUGUCAGUGUGGCUGUUGCUGGAGGUUCCCGGGACGCGGCGCUUCACGUUACCAGAGCGACGGCAGACUGUCAUCCUCAAGUGUAACGUACGCGACUCCAGCAUGCUGCUGUCGCUGGGAUAUGAUGUGCUCCUGGUCAUCCUGUGUACUGUGUAUGCCUUCAAGACCAGGAAGUGCCCUGAGAACUUCAAUGAGGCCAAGUUUAUCGGAUUCACCAUGUACACCACCUGUAUAAUUUGGCUGGCCUUUCUUCCCAUCUUCUACGUUACAUCUAGUGACUACAGGGUUCAGACCACUACCAUGUGCAUCUCAGUCAGCCUGAGUGGCUUCGUGGUCCUCGGCUGUAUGUUCGCUCCCAAGGUCCAUAUCAUCAUGUUCCAGCCCCAGAAGAAUGUGACCAGCCACAGGCUUAAUCUCAAUCGCUUCAGUGUCAGUGGGGCUGCAACCACAUACGCAUCUCAUGCUUCUGUCAGCGCCCACUACGUCCCGACUGUGUGCAACGGCAGAGAAAUUGUCGACUCCACCACUUCCUCUCUGUGACCACAUCCAGUCCACUCUCUAAAUCAGCCCCUGCGACUGUUAGCCAAUUGAUGAACAUUAUCCCCGUCGACUUAUCCUUUCCCCGCCUCAUACGCACACUGUACAAACUCACACACGUUAACAUUACCAAACGAUAUGUACACACACACACACACACACACACACACACACACACACACACACACACACACACACACACACACACACACACACACACAAACAAACACCUUCCUUGUGGACUAGAACUGUAUCGUUUCACAAAUGUAGAAAUUGUGUAACUAUAAUUAAAUUAUUUUCUAGGGAUGUAUAUACAUGGAAUCGACAUUGUUGUAUGUAGAGAAACAAAAGAACAAAAAAAGUUUUUAGGAGGAAUUUUUGGAGCCUUUGUUUUUGAUAGCUUUGUUAUGAUGCUGUGUAAAUAGACAUGCGCUUAAUCAUGGUAGGAGGGGCUGUGUCCCUUAGUCCUGAUGCACAUUUGUGGCUCUGCUUGCCUCACCUGCAAUAUCCCACAGACUUUUUAUUCUCAUGCUUUUUUGUAGGUCUCAUUGUAAUAACCGAUUAUGUAUGCAUUUCUAUUGUGUAUCUGUACAUUUGUAUAUUAUACUACUGAUGGUUCAAACAGCACAAUGUUGACAGUCUUGUAACCCCAGAAUGAAUGUGGACAAAAGCAUAAACUGGACAGGCUAGAACAGCUGGAAUGGACAUGUACAAAAAACAACAACAACAAAAGAAAAUCCAUCAACACCCAUUGACAAUUUUCAGUUUGAGAAUUAAACUACUCACAUCAUGACAGAUGUGUUUUACAUCCUAGAUCUGUAUAAGAACCUAUUGUGGCUGUUUUUGCAGGAAAAGAUGUUUUGCCUUUGAUACAAAUGUUCAUUUUUUUCUAUUUCUAAUCAUGAAAUCCCUUUAUCUAAAUGGCCAUAGUUCCACACGUGUUCACCAAAGCAACAGUGUUUCACUCCCACUCUUAUGCUGCUGCUUCUUUGAAGGAUUGCUGUAAUGGAUUGCUAAUAAUAACUAAUAGCAGGGCUGAAAAAAUAAAGUGCAACAAAUGCAUUUCUUUUGCCUCGAAACUGUGGAUGCAAACGGUGCUGCUGCGGUUCUGUCAACAAAAACAAAUCAGUGUCUCACCCAGGAAUUAUGAACUUUAAGUAACCACAUGACUCAAACACUAAUGGAGGAAAAUAGUCUGCUUUGCUGAACACGUGUUGGAUUUUUCCAACUACAGGGGAGUGGUAGCUUAUGUUUUUGUGCCCCAUAGAUACAGUAUGUGGUGAUGUUUUGAAUAUGGCUAUGUGCCUUAAUGUAUGUUUGAUAGAGCUCCAGGUAGAGGUUGUAAGAGAUCAGUUUUGCGUUACCAGCUGCAAAUCCUUGUUUGGUAAAUGUAAAAGUGGACUCAGUAUAGAGUACAUGCUUCAGGGCAACACUAUGCCAGUUAGUUUUAUUCCCUACCAAGCCUUCUACCAUUGAUUGUUUACCUGAUGUAUUGGAACAGUGACUCUGCAGCAUCCCUAGGUUAAAAUGACUUUCUCUACCGCCCUUCUUUCUCCAGUCUGUUAUUAAAAAGGUGAAAUGGAUAUUUCUGAUAUACACCCAUCAAACUCAUUUUACUUUUUACAGCUUAGCAGCUCCAAUAAAAGAAGGGAAGGGAAGAGAAGCUCAUAUACCAUUAAGAUGAAGUCACUGACUCGCUGACUUAUUGAAGUGUGCAGUUUACAUGUCUGUGUUAAAUGUGUUGACGUUGAGAGGCACAGUGGAGCAGCUGGCUUUGGCAGUCCCAGAGAGGCUCACGAGAGGAAGCAGAGCACACAAUGUCAGCUGCUGGCAGAUCCCAGCUAACAACAGAAUGUUAGAGCAGAACUCAUAUGCAUAACAUAAAUAAAAUUUAUAAAAACAUCAAUACACAUCAAACUCUCCGUUUGUGGCAGAAAAUAUUGCAGACUCUGCUGGAUGACAAUAAUGAGGGGGUGGAAUAAAUGAUGAAAAAAAACAUGAAAAAAGCUGUUCUAAGAAUAUUUAAAUAGCCUAAUUAGCGGACUAAUUUAGCAUUUUUCAUUUUAAAAAGAAGACAUGCAAUAAUUUAUUGCAUUUAGGAUGUUAGUAAUUUUUUAAUAAACUGAUCUUCAAUGUUUACGUAUAAUAUGCUGUCUAAAAUAAAGUGUGACUGUUACAUUUGAUGUUUUCAGCAAAAGAUGUGAUCAGAAUCACUUACUUGCUUCCCCAGACGAGCAUUUUAAUUCUAUUUUCUCCGUGUUAAAAUUCAGUAGAUACGGACAGAUCUGUUGAACAUUCAUCCCUUGACUGGUCUACACCUUUGCACAGCCACUCUCCAACAGCACCCUGUGAUUAUCACACUGAAUGAUGGAUUGAAAGAAUUUCAGUGGAUGCGCCAAGAUGAGCCGACCUACAUUGGGGCGUGUGUGUUAGGUGCAGAGAGCAGCAGGAGUGAGCGAUGUGGCAGAGCAGAGGGAAGCUGCUGCUGGAUUAUGUAAAGCACUCCCACAGCCCAGAAGUCACAGCGCUGCUAUGGAAGCUCAAAGCAUCUCAGAGAUUCACUGUCUUUGUUAGAAGAAGGCUUAGCCAUUCACUCAGUGGUCCUGCUCCCACAAGAUACACCCUGCAUGGCAGGUUGCUAUGGACAACCACCACCACAUCCGCUGCUGGAAUGUCUAUUUGUCUGCAUGAAGAGAAGGGUGGGAGGAGGGGUGAGGAGUGGCCGAGAGAAGAGGAAUAGAAAGAGGAAAAAACGGAUAGCUGGUCUUGAUUCAAAUUGGCAGUGACUGAUGAGAUUCGGCUCUGCAAGGCCCCUGUACUCUAGUCCUGGCUUUUAAUGGCCACACAAAUAGAGCACUUAACCCUGAUUCUCCUCUCAUUUAGUCUGGGGACUAGACUCGAACAAGAGUCCCAUACUCUUCCUCUGACCCUCUCUCUCACAACCCGUCUCACCCCUUCGACCUUUCCCUCACCAGCUUUGUCCACCUCAGCUCUACUCCAAUGUGUGAAACUUGCAACGGCCGGUCUCAGCCAAGACCACCUAAGCCAGACCGACAGAGUGGAAGCCCACACUUGAACUGAGGCACUUAGAUCCGGGUGCCCAGUGCAGCACAUGCCAUCUAGGCGGCCUUGAGGAGGUUGGAACAGGGAUAAGGGGAUGUCAGAUAAAGGAUUUGGAGACUGUGUGGGAAAAUGAAAUUGGAGUUUAGAUGUGAAGAAAAUGCGUCACUUUAAAAACGCAUCACCUUUUCUGAGUUAUGAGCCUACGUAUCCGGUAACUCUCACUGGAAGCUUCCUUAAUUGGCUUUAUUCUUGGUUAUCCUUUUCAAACUGCCAUCCACUAUACAGACAUUGCUCCUCUAUUCAGCCUCUGCCAACUGCCAUGUGCUCUCCAAAGGUCUCUGUGCUAUAGCCCCCGCUAUACAACAGAAUGUGUCCUUGGCCUCUCGGCUUUGAAACAACACAAGAUCUCUGCAGGCGAAAUGAACCCGAGGUCAAGCUGAACUCUGGAACUGGCCUAUCACAAAGCAAUAGUUCCAUGUUUAAUGAUAUGUGCAAUAAAGAGGCUGUGAUGACAUCAUAAUAAAUAACAACAAGCAAAGA